GGUGGUGGGGCGGGGGGGAAACGGGGCUGCCUCGGCUCUCCGUUUGAGCGGCUGCCGGAGGUGAGGCGAGAGGGAGAGAUGUGCCGGUGAGGAGCCGGGAGAGGAGCCGGGAAGAGGAGGGUGCCUCGGGCAGAAGGCGCAGGGGCUGCUUCCCCCCGGCAGGAAGGGACCUGCCGGCCGAGCCAGCCACGGAGGCGGCCGCCGCAUCCUCCCCGCGCUCGCCUCCUCCCUUCCCCAGCAGCUGAAUCCUCCGGGAAGGAAGCACGGGCACUCAGGAGAGGAAGAAGGAUUUGCCUCCCAAGAAUAUAUCACCCUCCUCUCCCCAGCGGCUGGAUACUGCUUGCCUUUUUUUUUUUUCCCCCCCCCUUUUCUUCUCCUUUCAGUCGCUCUUCAGUGUUUAAAUACCAAAUAUAGCCUCUUGGGUGGGGGGGGAGGGGAUGGAAAUCUCGUAGAAGAAUUUGAAAUCUUGCUGGGAUUCGGGAGUGCGGGUGUUGCACGGCCCGGGAGAAGGACCGAGGGGAGAAGGGGAGAUGUGCGGCUCUCGCUGACUGAGAUUUUUCCACUUUCCGGGAAGCCCGAAGGUUUGUUAUCGGACUUGUUUCUCCCCUUUUUCCUCUUCUGGGUUACGCUAAAUCCCUCAGCGUUAUUUAAAAAACAUAAUAACAAAGCCAACAACAACAAAAAAAACAACAAACCGAAGUGUUGCCCACGUGUAGCUGGGGGCUUUCGUUUAUUUUAAGGUAGUUUUCAUCAAAGAAACGGACAAAACUGCCUCCCUUCACCCGAAGGCUUUUGAGGUGCGAGACUGAAAUGGAGCUGCUUUUUUCCCAAACACUACGUGUUGUAUAAGAGGAGCCGGGACAAAAACAUCGUCUUUACUGAUCACGAUACGAGUCCCCGACCCUCAGCACCCACGAGGGAUGCUUCAAGGAGCUUGAUGUGGAAAAGCAAAGUUGGAGUGUCCUCAGAGACUUCGUCGUGUCCAGCGGCUUAAUUGCGGACUGUGUUUUGUUUUUGUUUCUGUUUUUUUAAGUGGAUUCGUAGCAUACUUCUAUGAAUUAAAUAUUGCCACCGUUUGUACAGAAGCCAAAUGACACCUGUGUGUUGAAACACCGUUCCAAAUAGAUCCAUCCCUCAACCUGGAUUCGCGCUAGAAAGCCGGAGGGAGGUCGUCAGUGUCUAAAGAAACCUGAUUUUACUGUUUUAUGAACAUUUAUCUGCUGCAGAAACGUUGCGAUAGACUGCUUUGUAACGAUUCAGCAAGAAGGGAGACUUUCCAGCUUGCAGGACCUAGGAAACUGGAUACUUAAACUCACUUAAAUGUUUUAACAGCGUUGGAAAAUGGGAGCUGCUACUAAGUUGGCGUUCGCUGUUUUUCUUAUCUCUUGUUCUUCAGGUGCCAUACUUGGCAGAUCAGAAACACAGGAGUGUAUCUACUACAACGCUAACUGGGAAAAAGAUAAAACAAAUCGCAGCGGUAUUGAACCGUGUUACGGUGAUAAAGAUAAAAGGCGACACUGUUUUGCUACAUGGAAGAAUAUUUCUGGAUCAAUUGAAAUUGUGAAGCAAGGUUGCUGGCUAGAUGACAUCAAUUGUUAUGACAGGAGUGAUUGCAUAGAGAAGAAAGACAGCCCUGAAGUGUUUUUCUGUUGUUGUGAAGGCAACAUGUGCAAUGAACGCUUCUUCUAUUUUCCAGAGAUGGAGGUCACCCAACCAACUUCCAAUCCUGUGACACCGAAGCCACCUCUGUUCAAUACCUUGCUUUAUUCAUUGGUGCCUAUAAUGGGAAUUGCAGUGAUUGUGCUCAUUUCAUUCUGGAUGUAUAGACAUCACAAGCUAGCGUAUCCUCCGGUACUUGUUCCAACCCAACACGCCUUUCAUAUAAUGAUUGAGGAUCCUGGACCACCACCACCUUCACCAUUGAUGGGUUUGAAGCCUUUGCAGUUACUAGAGAUCAAAGCUAGAGGAAGGUUUGGUUGUGUAUGGAAAGCUCAGCUGCUGAACGAGUAUGUUGCAGUGAAAAUAUUCCCCCUUCAGGACAAACAGUCAUGGCAGAAUGAGUAUGAAAUUUACAGUUUACCUGGCAUGAAGCAUGACAAUAUUUUGCAGUUCAUUGGUGCAGAGAAGCGAGGCACUAGCAUUGAUGUGGAUCUCUGGCUAAUCACAGCAUUUCAUGAAAAGGGUUCAUUAACAGACUUUCUCAAGGCUAACGUUGUUUCCUGGAAUGAGCUGUGUCAUAUUGCUCAGACCAUGGCCAGAGGCCUGGCUUAUCUCCAUGAGGACAUACCAGGGCUGAAAGAUGGACACAAACCUGCUAUCUCACACAGGGACAUCAAAAGCAAGAAUGUGCUGCUGAAAAAUAAUCUUACAGCUUGUAUUGCUGAUUUUGGUCUAGCUUUAAAGUUUGAGGCUGGAAAGUCUGCAGGGGACACCCAUGGACAGGUUGGUACACGAAGAUACAUGGCUCCUGAGGUACUAGAAGGUGCUAUUAACUUCCAAAGGGAUGCCUUUCUGAGAAUAGAUAUGUAUGCCAUGGGAUUAGUCCUCUGGGAAUUGGCAUCACGCUGCACAGCUGCAGAUGGCCCAGUAGAUGAGUACAUGUUGCCAUUUGAAGAAGAAAUUGGCCAGCACCCCUCCCUUGAAGACAUGCAGGAAGUUGUAGUUCACAAAAAGAAGAGACCUGUUCUAAGAGAGUGUUGGCAGAAACAUUCUGGAAUGGCGAUGCUGUGCGAGACCAUCGAGGAGUGCUGGGAUCACGACGCGGAGGCCAGGCUGUCUGCGGGCUGCGUGGAGGAGCGGAUCCUGCAGAUGCAAAAAUUAACUAACAUCAUAACAACAGAGGACAUCGUGACUGUGGUCACAAUGGUGACAAACGUUGACUUUCCUCCCAAAGAAUCCAGUCUAUGAUAGUUGCACUGGUCACGUCACUGACCACCUGGACUCUUCACUGGAGCUGCUAACGCUGCCGGGACUGCUGGCGGCAUCACUGGUUUCGGUGUGAAAAGAAUGGUAAGUCUCACUGGAGCAUCAUCAAGAGGUGGUUUUCCUUGGUUUCUCCCCCUUCUUCCUCCCGAACGUGGAUCCAUGAGACUUUCUGCAUUCCCUGCUUACACCUGAAGGACACGUGACUGAGAGAGGAUCCUGUGCUGUUAAGGAACUUACAUGAAGAAUAUGGACCUAUACUGGCUAAUCAAGCGUUUUAAAAACUGACGUCAGAUUUCUUAAUACUUGUCAGAAGAGACUAAUUCCUUAAAUGAACUACUGUUAUUUUUUUUAAAUCAAACAUUUCAUUUCAGAUUUAAAAAAAAAAGGGUAACUCGUUUUUAUUGCAUUUGCUGUUGUUUAUAAAAAUGACUAUUGUAAUGCCAAUAUGACACAGCUUGUGAAUGUUUAGUGUGCUGCUGUUCAGUGUACAUAAACAAAAGUAAUCAAGUGGGAUAUAGCAAAGAGGCUUCCAAGUAUUACUUAACCUCCCUCAACAAGGUAUACCUCAGUUCCACCUCUGCUAAAUUAUGAGAUUGACAACACUAACAAAAUUGGAAUAAUAAAUUGAUCCAUGUUUUGUAAAUGAUGUAUUUCAAAUUCACUGUGUUAUUUAAAAAGGGUAAGCUAUGCUUCAUGCCAACAGUAAAUGGCCAUUCCUAAAGCAGUGUUUUUAGCCUUUUCUUGUACUAGCUUGUUGUGUAUAAAAAAAAAAGUGCUGUUUAUUGAAACAAA